AUGAUGAUGGCGUAUGUAAGACAUCGAUUAUUCAUCUGUGUUUUAUCAGUCUUACGGUUGACUUACUUUUCAGUUGGCUUUGUUCCAACAGACAUGUACUUAAUAGACUGUGGAUCACCCUCCAAUACAACAGUGGGUGAUCGCAUGUUUGUGGCAGAUCAAUCAGCUUCCGCUUUCCUCAACGCCCAACACUACUUUUCCGCCAGCACCACUGCCGCUGUGCCAAAAUCCCUCAGCAACACUACAGAAUUGUCACUCUAUCAAACAGCAACCAUCUUCACUGAGACCUCAAAAUACAUUUUCCCAAUCCACCGGACGGGAAGACUCUGGAUCCGUCUCUAUUUCUUUCCAUUUGUUUAUGAAAGUUAUGACUUGGGAACUGCGAAUUUCUCAGUUUCCGCCCAAACUCACCUACUUCUUUCCAACUUCAAGCCAACGAAUAACACUUUUACUGUCAAAGAAUACUCCAUAAAUGUCACCUCAAAUACGCUUUACCUCACCUUCAUUCCUUCCCGCAACUCAUUGGCCUUCUUAAAUGCCCUGGAAGUCGUUUCAACCCCUGACAAACUUAUCAGUGAUGGUGAUUUCCGCGCUGCCUCAUCACAGAAAUUCCAAGGCCUUUCCACUCAAGCAUUAGAGACACUUAUAAGGGUGAACAUAGGUGGGCCACCAAUCCCCUCCCACAAUGAUACGCUCUGGCGAAAUUGGGCUGCUAAUCAACCUUUCAUGAUUCAACCAAGUCCAGGCACAAAUAUCUCAGCCAAUUAUAUAUCAAAUAUCACAGCCGUUAAGUACGUACCAGGUGGGGUAACACCUGAUUUUGCUCCAAAAUCCGUAUAUGGUACAGCCGCUGUAAUGAGCUCAACUGGUCCCCACGCAAGUAGUUCGAAUAUUACAUGGGAGUUCAAUGUAGAUCCAGGAUUUCAGUACCUUGUGCGGUUUCACUUUUGCGAUAUUGUAGGUGAAUCCCAAAACAAUAUCUCUUUUGAAAUUUAUAUUAACUCCUGGACUGUCGCUCAAGAUGCUGAUCUAAGUGCUUUUAGGGAUGAAAUUAUGGGCGCUCCAUUUUAUCUGGAUGCUGUUACUGACCCAGCUGAAAGCACAGCUCUUUCUGCAAGCUUCAGCCCUUUCUUUUCACGUGUUGAUAACCCCUUUCUCAUUCUCAACGGGCUUGAGAUCAUGAAAAUUAACAAUUCUAUGGGUAAUCUGAGUGAGGGAGUUUUGGACUCAAAUCCAAGCAAAGAUAAGAAAAGGGUUGGCGUGAUAGUGGGCGCGACCGUUGGAAUGUCUAUCGUAGCUUUCGCUACUCUAUUUUUUUCUGUGACUUGUAGAAAAAGAAAAACACUGGCACCAAAACGAAAUUCAAAGACAAUGAUUCCUGCCAGCACCACUAGAGUUACGUAUGACUUGAACUUGGCAUAUCGCUUCCCUUUUGUUGUAGCUGAAGAGGCCACAAACAACUUUGAUGAGACCCAGGUGAUCGGAUAUGGUGGUUUUGGGAGGGUCUACAAAGGAGUCUUACAUGAUGGAAGAAAAGUGGCCAUCAAGAGGUCAAACCCUAUGUCCUUGCAGGGCCAUGCUGAGUUUCAUACGGAAAUUGAGUUGCUAUCACAGUUCCGCCAUCGUCAUUUGGUUUCAUUGAUCGGGUAUUGUGAUGAAAGAAAUGAGAUGGUUUUGAUUUAUGAAUAUAUGGAGAAUGGGACCCUCAAGAGUCAUCUAUAUGGCUCUAAUUUUCCCUGCCUGAGUUGGAAGCAGAGGCUUGAGAUAUGUAUUGGUGCAGCCAGAGGUCUCCACUAUCUUCAUACCGGUUCAAUAAAACCAGUAAUACACCGUGACAUGAAGUCGACAAAUAUUUUGCUCGAUGAAAACCUCAUAGCUAGGGUGGCAGACUUUGGCAUUUCAAGGAUGAUACCUGGGAAUGACCAGAUGCAUGUGAGCACGGCAGUGAGAGGAACAUUUGGGUACUUUGAUCCUGAAUAUUUUAGAAGAUGGCGCCUAACAACAAAAUCUGAUGUGUACUCAUUUGGGGUGGUUCUAAUUGAAGUUCUCUGCGCAAGACCUGUGUUAGAUCUAUCCCUUUCAGAUGAAAUGGUGAACUUAGCCCAGUGGGCAAUAAAGCAACGAAAGGCAGGACAAUUAGAACAAAUAAUAGAUCCUCAUCUCAUGGGAAAAGUAAAACCAACUUCUCUUCAGAAGUUCGUAGAGACAGCAGAGAAAUGCUUGGCCGAUAAUAGUGUCGACAGGCCUUCUAUGGAAGAAGUUCUGUGUAGUCUAGAGCAGGCACUCCAACUUCAAGAGGAUGCUAUUCUUCAAGUUGACAAUUUCAAUCAUAUCGAUCCUUGUGCCUGCAGUGGACAGCAUGACGAAUCAAAUGGGUAUGAGUAUGAUUCAUCUGGUGUCUCCUCGGGUAUAUUAUUCUGUCCAGAUGGUGAAGGCUGA